ACAACGUACAAAUUAGAAUUUGGACAUACUCUUGCAACUAUGACUAAAAGUAUGAGCAUAGAAAAUGGAAUACAGACUGUUAUCACACACUACACAACACCCACUUCACACACUACACAACACCCACUUCACACACUCUCACUUAAGUCACUCACUCACUUCCAUCCCACAUUACAUCACUAUAUAUACUCUUUAACUCUCAACCCCUCUUUUAUCAUCUUACAUCAAACAAAGCUAGCAAAAACACAUAGCUCGCAACCAUGAAACACCUCCACUUCACACCCCUCUUCUUCCUCCUUCUCCAACUCCUCUCCCUCACUCGACUCGGCCUCGGCCAACUCGAUCACUCAUGUAACCUCCCAGAAGACAAGGGGUCAACCCUAAAGGUCUUCCAUGUAUCAAGCCCAUGCUCACCCUUUAAACCCAAGAAAAUGUCAUGGGAAGAAAGUGUGAUCCAAACUUUUAUUGAGGACAAGGCUCGGUUACAAUACUUGUCGAGCCUCGUGGCACGGAAGUCGAUCGCUCCCGUGGCGUGGGCUCGACAGCUGAUCCAGAGCCCAACCUACAUUGUAAGGGUGAAGGUUGGGACUCCUGCUCAGACAUUUCUUAUGGCAUUUGAUACAAGUAAUGAUGGUUCUUGGUUGCCUUGUAGUGGUUGCACUAAUUGUGGUUCUUCCCUUUUUUCUACCGAAAAAUCCACUUCUUUUAAAGGCGUUGCUUGUGGCACAUCUCAGUGUCAACAGGUAACAAACCCCGUCUGUGUCCAAAACUUGUGCACCUACAACCAGACCUAUGGCGGUUCCACCCUAGCGGCCACUCUUGCACAAGACACCAUCGCCCUAGCCCGGGACCCUAUCCCAGGCUAUGUCUUUGGUUGCAUCCAAAAGACAACCGGGGCGUCGGUCCCACCACAAGGACUAUUGGGCCUUGGACGAGGCCCAUUGUCACUCCUUUCUCAAACCCAAAACCUUUACCAAUCCACAUUUUCCUACUGCUUGCCCAGCUUUAGGUCAUCCAAUUUCUCUGGAUCCAUGAAACUCGGCCCCGUAGCCCAGCCUAAAAAAAUCCAUUACACACCAUUGCUUAAGAACCCAAAGAGGCCUUCCCUUUACUAUGUUAACUUGAAAGCAAUCAAAGUAGGGAGUAAAACCGUUGCCAUUCCACCCGAAGCUUUGGCCUUCAACCCAAACAACGGCGCUGGCACCGUUAUUGAUUCCGGCACGGUGUACACCCGGCUAGCCCUACCAGCCUACACUGCAGUGCGGGACGAGUUCAGGCGUCGAAUGGGGAAGGCAGUGGUAACAUCCCUAGGCGGGUUCGACACGUGCUACAGCGUACCAAUAACCAUACCAUCCAUAACCUUUGUUUUUGAUGGCAUGGACUUGACAUUGGACCAAGACAACUUCCUACUCCGUAGUACCUCCACCAGCAUCGCAUGCCUCGCAAUGGCGGCCGCCCCAGAGAACCCCAAUUCCGCCCUCAAUAUCAUUGCCAACAUGCAGCAACAGAACCACAGGGUCGUCUAUGAUGUCCCUAACAAUAGGAUUGGCAUUUCACGUGAAACUUGUACUUAGAAUUUUUAAAUUUUUUUUUAAGGAAGUUGGGAGUGUUGAAGCUUGUUCAUUCCCUGAGAAAAAACAUAAUGUAUUAGUGUAAGUGUUGUUAUAAAUUAUGUCCUGGACGUAAUCCAUUUUCACUAAGGUAGUCCAUGACUUGAAAGGUGACGAUUUCGUUAGUUACAAAAAUGGGGGACAAAUUUACAAAAUAGUACUGAAACAAGCAGAGGAAUGCAAAACAUCAAAAUGAAGGGGAUUUGUUUUAUCACUACUUUUGUGUUUUGCUCUUGUCACGGGUUCUUGAUCGUCUGAAGAUAAUAGUAUGUGUCUCUGCUAUAAUUUGUCAUUGUUUAAACGCGUUAGCAAGCUUAAUCGUCUCAUUUUACCAAGCUAAUUUCAAAAAUUAUUGGGUCGUCCAAAA